UUUGUGUGAGAGAGAGAGUGUCGGGUCAGAUAGAGAGCAGCAUGCAGUUGCUGCUCUAAGGAAGAGUUUUAGACUGCUGUGUGUGUGAGCAGGGUGGGUCUCUUCCUGGCAGUGUGUGUGUGAGAGAGAGAGAGGUAACAUUGUGUCUCUGAUGUAAAGAUGGAUUUUCUCUUAAGUGUGUGUGUAUUUGUCCUGACCUGGACUUCAACCAUCACCACCAUCAUUGGGGCCAGAGAUGUGGACUGGGAUGAUGUAGUGCUGGCAGAGCGUAACUCCAGUGUCACGUUGCCGUGCCGAUACGAGCCCCUCAAGAAGAACCACGUCAUCAACUGGAUGGUGAUGCCACUGGGCACGGCAGACAGAGUGCCACUGCUCACAGCCGAUCACCAGAGAGAGUUCCUGCACUCCCGGAAGAUCGGUCUCGGGUUGGCCAAUCGGAACUACCCGAAGACAGGCGACCUGUCGCUGCGGAUGGUCGCCACGGAGACAGAUGUGGGGCGAUACUGGUGUCUCGUGGAGCAGGCGGGAAAGCAGCUGAAGAUGAGCGUAGUGCUUCUGGCGCUCGUGGACAUUACGGUUGUCCCUGAGAGUCCUGUUCCUGAGGACACCACUGUGCGUCUCACUGCCCAGGUCACGCCCCUGUACGCUGUCUCCAUAGCGACCUGGCUGUCCCCCGCAGGUGUGGCGCUGCGCUCGGAGAGGGGGGGUGUUCUGGGGGGGCAGAUGACCAAACUACCCCGCUUCAACCGCAGCCACCAGGGCAUCUACACCUACACCAUCCGUCCCCACGGCAACAGCCGCCCCAGCACCUUCCAGUUUGCCGUCAGCAUCACCGCAGACAUGAAUGAGGUGGCGAAGUUCCCUAACCAAACGUUUGGUCCGCUGUUGCAGCUGGUGUGCCACUCGCGGGCCACUGUGGUUCUAGAGUGCCCUCCGGUUCUGGGCGACUAUGUGCUGCUCUACUGGCAGCAGGCUGACACCCAGAGCAUGCGUCUGGCCUACGAGCACGACCGCUGGCGCCAGAGCUCCACCAAUCACAGCGGGCUCUGCCUGCGGCUGCUGGGCCCCACCCCCCUGGUGGAGGAGGGACACCUCUCGUCCAAUCAGAGAGAGCGGAACUCCUUUUCCUUCCAGCUGACGCCCGAACAGAGAGAUGGGGGUGUGUUCCGCUGUGAGGUCUUCCUCAAUGACCAUGUCCACGUCGAGACAACGCAGCUCAGCGUAGUACACGUGUUUGCUAAGCACAGCUCGACUGAGCUUAUGGUCCUAUGCUGCCUGUACUCUGAGUGGUCUCAGGUCCAGCGCGUGACGUGGACCCAUCAGAACCGGACUCUGCAGUGGGAGACCACUAGUCCUGGCCAGAUCAGAACCACCGUCUCCCACCGCCCAGAUGCGGCCGGCAGCUACACCUGCACCAUCCAGCUGGAGAACGGACUCAAUGCCUCCGCCCUCUACACCGUCACACUGCCCCCUACAGGUGAUAGCACUGCAGUCUACACCACAACACUGCCCCCUACAGGUGAUAGCACUGCAGUCUACACCACCACACUGCCCCCUACAGAGAGCCCCAGUGGUUCUGUCCAUUCUCUGCUUCCCUCCUUGUCUGCUCUUUUGCUCCUGGUUCCUGUGACGACGAUGGUUGCUGGGGUGUUUCUAUGGCGACGGGCACAGAGUAUCAGUCGCCGCGGAGUGGAGCAUUCCUCUUAUUGUGGGGAGGUGGAAAAUAUUUAUGAGAAUCCUGAAGACCUCAGACAACCUCCACAGGGUGCUGUUUACAUGGAUCUGAAGCCCACUGGAGGUGACUGUAAUGUGUAUAAGGAGCUGGACAGAUAUGAUCAGUGUAAAUAAAAACACUGCAGAGAAGAACCAUCUCACACUCUUCCUGAACAGGAGCACAGGAACACUCUACAUAAAUACACACACACACACACACACACACACACACACACACACAUACCACACACGCACGCA